AUGGCAGCAGUAGUAGAACUGCGUAGUAGUAAUAGUAGUAGUAGUAGUAUUGGGAAGGUGCUGCGUGCCAUAGCCGCCCUCACCGACAGCAGCGGCGAUGACCUUGCCCUUCAGUAUGGAGGGUCGGUUGCGCACAGGAAGAGGCUCGAGCCGCUGGCCUGGGCUGCGCAGCUGCCUAGGGGUUCGUCCCCAGGAGACGAUCAGCGCGGUAAUAAUAGGAGGGUUUUUAGUACAGCUUCAAGCACCAGCAACAGCAGUUCCUGGUCGCAGUUGCCGCCGCCUCCUCUCGCGGCAUCUUUUGUAGCAGAUGAGACUGCUGCCGCAGAAGAGCCCCGCAUAAACAGCAGCAGCAACAAGCCCAGCAGCGGCUUGUUGAGCAGCGCGUUAACUGUCUUACAAGGCGUCUCUUCAGCUUUUGCUCUUCAGUGGGUUGGGGGCCGCAGCAACGGCGGCCUUAUGCUGCCGCUGCUACCGGGCCUUUCCACUUCCCUUCAGCGAAGAUACAGCAACGUUCUUGAGGACGGGAGGAAACAGCAGGCAUUAAAUAUUUGGUUUUGUUUGUCUUCUCCCUUCACAAGGCCUAACCUAAGAACGCCCAUUUGGAGGGUCGAAGACAGCAACGACCUAUACACACAUCACAACUUCUUGGAGCCUUCUUUUUCCCCCAAAGACUGGUGGGUGCUGCCGCUGCAGCGGUUCUUUAACGGCAUGAGAGCGUCUCUAACCCUCUCUCACUGCAGCAGCAGCAGGUGCUGCUGCGAGCAGUCUGCAGAGCACCUGCAGGGAGGAGCAGCUACGAGCGUUGCAGGAGCAGCCACGGAUGCAAAGCAGCUGUUGGGCUGCUGCGGCCGCAGCUGCCAGCCUGCAAGCACCCGGCAGUUUGCUGCAGCAGUGACAGCAGCUGAUGCGUUUUUGCGUUCUCGCGGGCCCCCCUGGGUGCUGGAGUUUCUACCGCCGCCUUCUGCAGGCACAGCUCCAAGCAGCAGCAGCAGCAGCAGCACCGUUGAUGAACCUGAGGAUGGUGAACAAUGCCUCUUGGAUGUGUUUACCUAUGCCCCUUGGCGCAGACAAGCAGCAAAAGCAGCAGCAGCUGCUGCUGCUGCAGCUGCUGAGGCCGCAGUAGGGGUUACCUCCGGCAGUCUCACUAGCGAAGGAACUGAACCCUUGGUGGCAGCAGCACAACCAGCAGCAGCAACAGCAACGGAAGCAACAACGGGAACAGAAGUCAACUUUACAGUCCCGCAUGCCCCAGCUGCUGCUGCUGCUGCCACUACAGAUGUUGCUGCUGAUGGAUUAGACCACCAGCAGAACGCAGAGAGAAUUGAUGAUCGGACGGAAAGCAACAGCAGCUGCAGGAAAUCAUCCCCAGCCCAUGCAGGACUUGAGCAGGGGCUGGAGGCACUUGCGUAUGUGGGGAGGUUUUCGCUGGCAAUGCUGCUGCCGAGUCUUAUAGACAGCGAAACAGCCGCAGCAAGAGCAAUGCAAUGCUGCUAUGCGCUGCUGCUACGGGAACAGGAGCAGCGCUGGACGUACACUGCACUAGAGCAACUGAAACAGCAGCAAGAGGAGGAGGAACGCAGGGGCAGCAGCUUUGUUUCCAGGUGGCCUUCCGCGCAUUUGGUGUUGCAGCAACGCAGCAGCGGCAACGCGCUGCAUCAGCGGCUUCUGCAGGCAUACAGAGUUAGACGGCUCAGGAUGGAUGCAGCGGCGUCCGUAUGCAAACAGCAGGAGCCAGCAGAAGCAGCAACGUGCCUCUGCGAGCUCUGCUGCACAUCUCACGCUGCAGCAGCGGCCGAACCCAAGGCACUGCUGCUGCUUCUCCCAAAAGCAGCACCACAGGAACCACAGGGGGACUUUACAGCUGUCAACGGCGACUCGCAGGAGCAGCAGCUGCUGCUGCGAGAGAGCGCAGAAGCAUUUAAAAGGAUAUUGCGGGGGCAGUUGAGGCGAAGCCUUGAGGUGUAUAUGCAGCAGCAGCAGUUACAGCACAAGAAGGCACUGAAAACUCUUCCGUUCGAACUGCAGCAGCAGCUGCAGCUCUCUAGCAGCACGUAUAGCGGCUUAGACUGCCGCCGUAGAGAACCAAGCAGCAACAGCACUAGCACCUGCUGCUGGGAAGCAGCACUUGCUGCCGCUUCCGAGACGGAGUUGCAGCCCGUCGAGCUUCAUGCGCAGCAUCAGCAGGCUCACCUCACCAGAUUGCAAAGGCAGCAACAGCAGAUGCAGAUGAACUUGCUCUUAUCCGUGUAG